AUGGCCAAGGCGUGCCCUCGAUGGCGACAGGCGCUUGGCGAGCUGGCAGGCAUCAAUCCGUGGCCCGUCAGCCUUGCGCUCGACAAGAAUCUCUCCGGCAAGGUCGCAUUGAUCAGCGGGGGCAAUCAAGGCAUCGGCUAUUGCGUAGCUCAAAUGCUACUGCGCAUGAGAAUCUCUCGUGUCUAUAUCUGUUGCCGAAAAGGUCAUCCCAACGAGCCUGAAGAAUCACAAGUCCUUGCGGGCCUGGUUGCCUCGACAGGCGCAAGCAAGGAGCAGAUCUUCUUCGAGCAUGUCGACUUUGCAGACUUUGCAUCCGUCAGAGACCUUGCAAAGCGUUUCCGCGAUACCCAUCAGCCGCUCGACUUGCUCUUCAACAAUGCAGGCAUCGCAUCGCCCGUCAGAGCGAAAACUAAGGACGGCUUCGAGCUACACUAUGAGAUCAACUACCUAUCACACGCAUUGCUGACACUCGAGCUGCUACCGUGCCUCAAAGCAGCACCUGCCGCUCGCAUCAUUUCCACUUCAUCCUGCUUGCACUGGAAGGGCGGCGACAUUAACUUUGACGAUCUCAAUCUGGAUCACUUCCCUGACAGCGAAUGGAGUUUUCCCAAAGGCCGCUUUCUCGAGGCUUACGGUCAGGCCAAGCUUCUCCUCGCUGCAUUCAGUGCCGAGCUGCAGACGCGUCUGCUAGAGCAAGACCCAAAUUCGAGGGUCCUGACGUUCGCCGUGCAUCCGGGUCACGUUCACACAGCCAUCUUUACUCAGAAUUAUUCACGGGAUGCGAUGGUCCUGACUGCUUUCAUCUGGAUUGCCACAAGAGUGGCGAUCACACCCUACGAAGGAGCCAAGUCGCUCGUCAAAUGCGCAGUCUCAGACGAAGACGAUAGAGCAACACGAGGCGGACGUUAUUUCAACCGUGGCUGGGAGGCAACGCCUCGCGCGGAAGUCGAGAUACCACUCUUCCGGCGAGAGAUUUGGCAACAGACCAUCAAAGACCUUGGCUACCACCCCAGCACAAGAUUGUUGCAUUGA